GAGCGCCCGCCCGGUCUCCGGGUUGUCUCCAUCGUCCCGUCCAUCCAUCCAUCCAUCCAAAGCAGACUCGGCUCCUCCCUCGAGUUACUGCUCUACUCUCCUCCUUCCAGGACGCCUCCCAACUCCCAUCCAGGACGGCGACCACCGCGUGUUGAGCUAAAAAUCCCCCACAAUGCCAGUAGCCUUUGUCCUUACAUGGCCAGGACCAGCCGCGGCAGAAGCCCUCGCUCUCCUUGCUUCCUGCUGAGACGAAUUAACCACCAGAUCGCCUCGCCGCCGCUCCCCUUCCUGUCCUGUCCUGCCACUGCCCGCCCAUCCAUUAGCGAGCUGAGCUGAGCUGAUGGAUCACCGGAAGCAGCGGAGCCCCAGCCCCCGGAGCGGCGGCAGCUCGGGAAAGCACGGCGGCAAGGGGCCGGGCAGCAAGUCGGGCGCCGGGGGCAGCAAGAAGCCGAUCAAGGUGGUGUACAUCUCCAACCCCAUGCGGGUCAAGACCAGCGCGGCGGGCUUCCGCGCCCUCGUCCAGGAGCUCACGGGCCGCCAUGCCGACCCCUCCAAGUACAACACCGACGACGGCGGCGCGGCGCAGGACCUCAGCCUCAGCCCCAGCCCCGAGGGGAGCGCGGCUGGGUCGACGCCUGACGCGGCCGUCCCCGGCGGCCCCGCCGCCACUGGAGGCCAGCCGGAGCUCACCGCGGCGCCGUUCGGCGACGGCGAGGACGAGGAGGACAUCUUCGGAUCGCAGCUGCUGGACAACGACUACAACGACUACGCCGUCUUCUCGCCGGAGACGCCCCUCUACGACUUCCCGCACAGCAACAAGGUGUAGUGACCAGUCACCCGAUCCCUCCCGCACGCUAGCUGCAUGUUAGCUGACGGCCUGACGCGUGUGCCCCCCGCUCCUUAUUUGCAUGUCAUUUGAGGAUUUCGCUGUAUUGCAUGUGUGUGCCGCUAUGAUUUGUGCUUGUGCGUGCGUAUGAUCCACCAUCUGCUAGCCCCAAUUUAACCCGUCGCAUACCCAUGAUCGGCCUCAUAAUUCCCCUAUACACAUAUCUAUUUCGGGUCUCCGUGUUCCUCUUUCCCCUUCUCUCUUCUCUUGUGUGUGGACAAGGCUGUAGUGGAUGCAAUGUGCUACGUAGUGUACAAGUGUACAUAUAUGCCUAGAUGUUUCGAUAAUUCACCUUCUCCCCGGGCCGGGGUUUCGAUUA